AUGCGUCUUCUACGAAAAGGGGUUCGCCUCGAUGGUGGGGUGGAAGUGAAAGUAACGGUCGGCACAAGUGAGGACUUGUGGCACCUGUACAACUUUGUGCUUUGCGGUGAUCGUGUCCGCGCAAGAACGCGACGUAAAGUGGCGAAGGAGACGUCAAUAGGCACAAAGGCGGCAGAGGUGCGCUUUAUUACGCUGGAAGUCGAGGUGCAGCAGGUGGAGUUCUCCCCUGAGGAGCUCCGUAUACAUGGCAUUAACAUUUCAGAGAAUGAGCAUGUGAAGCUGGGCGCACACCACACGUUGUCGGUUAUUACGUUUCCACCACAAGACAUCACUAUCAUCAAGAAGGAAUGGGAUGAUAUUGCGGAAGAACGCCUGAAGGAGGCUUGUGAUAAUGAGGCCAAGGCAGAUACCGCUGCCGUGAUUAUGGAUAAUGGAACGGCGAAUUUGCUGCUGGUUACACCCUCGUUUAUGCACCCCAAGGCGAGGGUGGAGGUGAACAUAGCAAAAAAACACAAAAAUGAUGGUACGGCGAGAGACAAGAGCAUUCAGCGUUUUUUUAAGCAAGUGUUAGACGCAGUUUGCACGCAUGUCGACUUUGAAAAGGUAAAAAUACUUCUUAUAUGUUCACCUGGUCAUAUUCGGGAGGAGUUUUUUAAGUACAUGGAGUCUACGACCGUAAAUGCGGAGGCGGGACCCCUACGAGUCAUGUAUAAGAAUUUGUCCAAGGUGGUGCUUCUCAAGAUUACAGAUUGUACAAAUGAUGCGCUUCGAAAGGCCUUUGCUGACCCCGCCAUCGCCAAUGAAAUGAGCUCUACACGUGCCAGAGAAGACAUCAACGUUUGGCAAAGCUUUCACAGCACAAUAAGCAGCGAUCCGGAUCGUUGUGUAUACACUCCACAAAUUGUUUACCAGGCGGCAAUGUUGGGAGCUAUAGGAAGACUGAUGGUAAGUGACAACGUAUUUCGUUCCAGCAGUCCCGUUGAACGACGGUUUUAUUUAUCACUUGUUCAAUUUGUCAAGAAAGGUGGAGGGAAAGUUAGUGUCUUUUCCAGUAAUCACAUUACAGGAGAGCAACUGAUACAGCUGGGUUCUGUGGCUGCCAUUCUUCUUUUUCCAUGCCCAGAGUUGGACGACGUAGCAGUGGUAAAGGAUUUUAUUUAUGGUGAAGAGGCCACCGCAUUCAUUCGAGAAAAUGCUCCUACACGUGUGACCUUUUGA